CCAAAUUUCCGUCAUGGUUUGAUGGAAGGUCAUCAAACCUCCAGCCACAAAUGACAUUAUCACCAUAGAGAUAACCUUGGACACCAUCUCACAAUAAUCCUAGAUCCAGUUCAACUAUGAUACCUCAAUCUCUAUCUUCACCACAACAAUGGCUACAUGAACAACACCAAUACCCAUACUGGUUCAUCCCCAUAGCCAUAGUAACCAGCUGCUUCUUUUUGUUUCUCUUCUACAAAUCAUCUCUGUCAUCAAAGAAGAAGCUUAACCAUCCACCAUGUCCAUUAAUUCUCCCACUUGUCGGCAACCUUCACCAACUUGGCUCUCUCCCUCACCGUUCCCUGCAUGCACUCUCUCAGAAACAUGGCCCUUUGAUGCUCCUCCACUUAGGGAAAGUCCCAGCAAUCAUUAUCUCCUCUGCAGAACUUGCUCAAGAGAUUAUGAAAACUCAUGACCUCAUCUUCUCCAGCCGCCCAUUUUCCUCCAUGGCUAACAGUCUCUUGUACAACUCUCUCGACAUCUCCUUCGCUCCUUACGGCGAGUACUGGCGCCAAGUGCGACGCAUUUCUGUCAUUCACUUGCUGAGCCUCAAGAGAGUCGAGUCCUUUAAAAGUAUCCGAGAAGAAGAAGUGUCUCUAAUGUUGGAUAAGAUCCAUGCAUCACAGGGAUUAUUGGUGAAUUUUAGUGAGAUCCUCGUGGCAGUCACUAAUGGUGUGGUUUGUAGGGUGGCUUUGGGGAGGAAGUAUGAUAGGAGUAAUAGAUUCCAUGAUAUGCUCACUGAGUUCUUGGCCUUGCUCGGUUCUUUUCCUUUAAAGGAUUUCAUUCCAUGGUUUGGUUGGGUUGAUAGAAUAACUGGUUUGGAUGCAAGGGUGGUGAACAACUCCAAGGAAAUGGAUGGUUUCUUUGAAGAAGUCUUAGAGGAACACAUCCAUUCCAAGACAUCAGAAACAAGCAAUUUGGUGGAUAUAUUGCUGUCUUUGGAUGUUUCUCUUAGUAAAGAGAGCAUCAAAGCAAUCAUCUUGGACAUGUUUUCCGCUGGAACUGAUACAACAUUCACAGUGCUGGAAUGGACAAUGGCUGAGCUCAUGAGAAACCCAGAAGUCAUAGAGAAAGUUCAAGAGGAGAUAGAGGGAGUAGUCAAAGGAAAAGCAAAGGUUUCAGAAGAAGACAUUGAUGAAAUGAGCUACUUAAAAGCGGUCAUUAAAGAAGUGCUGAGACUUCACCCCCCAAUUCCUUUACUGGUUCCUAGAGAAUCCACUGAAUAUGUUAAACUCCAUGGAUUUGAUAUACCUGAGAAAACAAGAGUUGUGAUCAACGCUUGGGCCAUUGGAAGGGAUCCCAAGAGUUGGGAGAGGCCUGAGGAGUUCAUGCCUGAGAGGUUCUUGAACAGUGAAGUGGAUUUCAAGGGACAACACUUUGAGUUCAUACCAUUUGGAGCAGGGAGGAGAGGAUGUCCAGGAAUCAUGUUUGCCAUUUCCACCAUUGAACUUGCUGCUGCUGCACUCUUGCACCAUUUUGAUUGGAAGCUACCUGAUGGAAUGAGAACAGAGGAGUUGGAUAUGAGUGAAUCUUCUGGUCUUACUGUUCAUAAGAAAACAAGCUUGCUUGUGCAGGCUACACCAAGGUUUUAAUUUGUUUCUUGAAUUAAAAACAUGCAUGUAAAGAUUUCAAAUAAACAUUACUGUAUCAGUUGUAAGCUAGCAACUCUAUAGUUGAGUUUUUAUACAAGUUUAUUUUUUAA